AUGGCCUUCUGCAGAAUAGCAACUUCAUGGAAACACUCCAUGUGUACGUCUGCCUCUGAAGCUAUCCUGAGAGUGCAGACGAUCUGUUCUCAUCGAAUACCGUAUGCAUGUUCCUAUCGCCGUCGGAACAUACACCAGUCCAGUGCACAGGAAUGCCACCCGACAUACGAGCAAGUGUUCGCAAGUGCAAUAGAUUCGCCACAGGACUUUUGGGCAAAAGCUGCAGAAGAUUUAGUUUGGCAUAAGAAGUGGGACAAUGUUCUUGACAACUCGAGGGAACCUUUUACGAAAUGGUUUGUUGGUGGAGAGAUGAACACCUGCUACAAUGCUUUGGAUCGUCAUGUUGAAAAUGGUGAUGGCAAUCACGUGGCAAUAAUACAUGACAGUCCUGUAACCAACACACUUAAGAAGUAUACCUAUGCUGAACUUCUGAAUGAGGUAAGCAAGUUUGCCAGCGUGCUUCAGUCCCAUGGGGUGAAGAAAGGUGACUGCGUUCUUAUUUACCUGCCCAUGAUUCCCCAGGCGUUAGUGUCCAUGUUAGCAACAAUUCGUAUUGGUGCCAUACACUCUCUGGUAUUUGGAGGAUUUGCUGCAAACGAGCUCGGAGUUCGUAUCAAGCAUGCCGAGCCUAAAGUGGUAAUCAGCGCUAAUUGUGGUGUGGAGCCGAAUCGUAUCGUUGACUAUAAACCUAUGCUGGAUAAUGCAUUGGCUAACAUUGACUUCAAGCCGGACAAGUGUAUCAUCUACAACAGGCCAGGGUUGCCACCAUCCCCGCUGGUGCCUGGAAGAGAUGUUUGUUAUGAUGAAGAGAUGGCUGGAGCCUCCCCUAUAGAUUGUGUUCCUGUGCCUGCAACAGACCCAAGUUAUAUUCUAUACACCUCCGGGACCACAGGGCUACCUAAGGCAGUGGUGCGACCAAGUGCGGGGCAUGCUGUUGUAUUGAAAUGGUCGAUGUGGAACAUCUAUGGUUUGAAACCUAAGGAGGUGUGGUGGGCUGCAUCAGACUUAGGCUGGAUUGUUGGUCACUCCUACAUCGCCUAUGCUCCACUACUGAACUGUAACACUACAGUUCUCUUUGAAGGGAAACCAGUUGGUACUCCAGAUCCAGGUACUUUCUUCCGAGUCCUAAAGGAACAUGAUGUCAGUGCCAUGUUUGUUGCUCCCACAGCACUCCGAGCUAUCAGAAGGGAGGAUCCAAAAGUUGAAUAUGGACGAAAAUAUUUCCCAUUAUCAAAAUUCCAGAACAUGUUUGUGGCUGGUGAACACUGCGAUAGAGAAACUAUGGACUGGACUAAGACAGCUUUUGGUGUUCCUGUUUUGGAUAACUGGUGGCAGACAGAGACUGGCUGGGCCAUCACUGCAACCAACGUCGGGCUAGGAAAUAGGACAAACCCUCCACAAGGUGUCACUGGAAAGCCAGUCCCAGGCUGGAACGUGAAAGUCCUUCGACCUGACAACUCCGAGACAGACCCUAUGGAACUAGGACAGAUUGUUGUCAAACUACCACUGCCACCUGGAAGUUUCUCUACACUUUGGAAAAAUGAUGUGAAAUUUGAGGAAACAUACUUCAAACGUAUACAAGGUUACUAUAACACAAUGGACUCAGGAUAUCGUUGUGAAGAAGGGUAUAUCUCUGUCCUUACACGGACAGAUGAUGUCAUCAAUGUGGCCGGACAUCGUCUGUCAACUGGAGCAUUAGAGGAGGCUAUUCUGGAGAGUGAUGAUGUGGUGGAGGCUGCAGUCGUCGGAGUCCCAGAUACACUCAAGGGCCAGAUCCCUCUGGGACUAUGUGUUGUGAAACAUGGUGUGAAGAAAUCUGAAGCAGAGGUCAUCCAGAAUGUGGUCGACAAGGUUCGACAGUUCAUAGGACCUGUUGCCAGCUUUAAGCAGGCGGUCAUUGUACCCAAACUACCAAAAACUCGGGCAGGGAAGAUAGCUCGAAACACACUAGCAGCCAUAGCAGCAGGGAAACCAUAUAAGAUUCCUGUCACUAUUGAGGAUGAUACAGUGUACCCUGCUAUACACAAAGCUCUUACAGAAGCCGGCUUCCCACUUAAAAGAUAAGAGGUUGCCAUUAUGCAUUAAACUGGUCUUCAGGUAGCUGUUUGCAGUACUGCAGAGGUUAAUCUCACUGGGGAAUCACCAGGAAACCAUGGUAACUGAGUUAAACAGUUGUUACCAGGUUUAGAGGAAGCGAUAACAAACUGGAUUGAAACAUUUUAUCAUUGAAAAUGAGUUAAAUGAGUAUGUGGAUCAUUUGUUCACACUAACUACACUACAGGUCACGUGGAGGCAUACAAUCACCACUCUCCACUCGCCCGUAACCUUUUUCACACUAACAACACUACAGGUCAUGUGGAGGCAUACAAUCACCACUCUCCACUCGCCCGUAACCUUUUUCACACUAACAACACUACAGGUCACAUGGAGGCAUACAAUCACCACUCUCCACUCGCCCGUAACCUUUUUCACACUAACAACACUACAGGUCACAUGGAGGCAUACAAUCACCACUCUCCACUCGCCCGUAACCUUUUUCAUCACUAACUACACUACAGGUCACGUGGAGGCAUACAAUCACCACUCUCCACUCGCCCGUAACCUUUUUCAUCACUAACUACACUACAGGUCACGUGGAGGCAUACAAUCACCACUCUCCACUCGCCCGUAACCUUUUUCAUCACUAACUACACUACAGGUCAUGUGGAGGCAUACAAUCACCACUCUCCACUCGCCCGUAACCU